GUUUAAUCUGGUCAUUGCUCAGCAACGCAAUUAUUCAUCAGUCCAACUUCAAUUUAGCUUUUAGUAGUUUACAAUUGGUCUGAAACAGAUUAUUCUAAUCUGAUCACUCGUUAUAAUUAACUUCGCUAUGGAUAUCCUUCUUGAAACAAGCUUUCCUCUGAAUUUUCAGUUGUUCUUUUAAUAGGAGGUAUACCAAAUCUGAUUGGUUCGUCCAUAAAUUAUGGUCUCGAUUUGCUCUUUGAUCAAAGUUGUAUUACUAUAUGGCUUUGAAACAUGGACUUUGAAAGUAUAAAGUUUCGAGAAACGAUCGAGUGAAUGUUUUUCAAGUCAGCCAUAGGCAUUUAGGCUUAAAUAGAAAAUCAUUCGAUUUUUGUUUAACUACUAAGUAGUAUGAGUGCUAUCCGACCAGGCACUGCAUCCCGUCUAAAAUCAGCCCAAAUACAAGGUAAAAGUGGUACUGCAUGUCGUGUAACAGAUGGCGCAAAGACGGGUGCCCGUGGUAGAACGCUUGGUGGGACAACUUUAAACACUAUGGUAUGUGUUGAAGAUAGACCGAUUACACAACAAGGUUUAGGCGGGAUUAAAAACCCAAUUCGUAGACCUAAACGUCAGAUUGAAGAUAAGUCAUACUUUCUGGGAUUGUUAAGGGGAAAAAUCAAUGAAAUAAACUCAGAAGUUGGGACUAUAACACGUCAGUUAGUAGAAAAAGAGGAAGAUAAUGCUAGUUUUGUACAAUAUGAGCAAAUGGCUGAGAAAUUGGCGUAUGAAAUUAAAGAACUACAGGGUGAAUUAGGCGAUUACAAUACUCUCGUCGAUAAAGCAACAUUAGGCAAUAAUAUAACAAGUAUUGAAAUGGAUUUGGAAGAUGUACGUGCUGCAAAUGAACGAGCUGAACGGAAUUUAGAAAUGUUAUUUGAAGAUCGUCAAAGAAAAGAAUCAUCACUAAAAUCAUGUGAGCUAGAAUUAAAACAAGAACAAGAAAUGUCUGAAAUAGUAAUUGAAGAAAUGGUUGAUACAGAACGUGAACGUUAUUUUAAAUUAAAGGAUUUAAAUAUUCAUCUUCUGAAUCAGUUAAGCGAAGGUCAAAUGGAGUUAGAAAGAUUGAAUACAAGAAAAGCUGAACUUGAAGAAGAACUACUUACAUCACCGGUAAAUUUAAAAAUAAUUAAUACUUGUAAAAUUAAUUAUAGUUUAAAUGAAUUUAUUACUAAUAAACGUAAUGAAACUGAUCCAACUCAAUGGGUUAAACGUACAAUGGAAUUAGUGAAAAAUUAUAAUGAACAUUUAAAAUCUUCACUUGCAUCAAAACCUGUAAUUGUUUAAAUUAUCCAUGUUGAAUACACAUACAUCAUACAUCUCUUGUUUAUUUCAUACUUUAUAUUGAAUUCAAUGAUUUAUUUAUUUUGCGCGUGUUUUAAAGCUCAUCAUUGUGGUUUUGGUAUAUUGAUAUAGAUUUACUUUAAUUACUACGGAUAAAUAGUCACUUCAAAUAUUUGAAAACGGUUAAUUCGCCCCUUUGUAUCAUUCAAAAUUUAUGCUCAAUUUUAUAUUCAAUUAAAUUGAUUUCAAUGAAACACUCAAAAACGUUACUGCUUCGCUACAUUGCCGUAGUGUUUUAUGAACUAUAAUGUGGUCACUAAAAUACAAACCUUACACUUAGUAAAUUGCAAACUUUAAAGAAAACCAACUAUAUCGAUUGAUUCAACUGUUAUCAACGGUAAAAUACCGUACUAAGCUGUUCUAUGAAUGAAGAAACCAUAUUUUUCCCGAUUUUUAUUAUGCUGAAACAUCUUAUUCACUAACGUUUACUAAUUAUAUACAUAUAUAUCAUCGUAAUACUUGUCAACAAUUAGUAAAUGAAUGAAUAGAU